GUUUUCAUAAGGAUUGGAGCCAUAACCUAGCUUUUGUCAAGACGUUGGGACGCGUGUUUUUGUACCAAAUUUAUACGCGUAAAACUGAACAUUUAGUACAAAAUAUCGUUGCAAUAUGAAAUUAUACGCUUGGGGUGCAAACAGUUCUGGACAGCUUGGUUUGGGACAAAAGUGCGAAGCGGUUUUGGAGCCCACCGAAGUGGAUUUGUCCAAUUGUGGUCUUCAACCAGAGAAUAUAGUUUGUAUAGCAGGCGGUUCUGGCCACGCGCUAAUUUUAGAUAACAAUGGCCAUAUUUAUUGUUGCGGCUUGAAUACUAAAGGUCAACUUGGCAUUUCUGAUAGUAAUGGUCGUUUUGAGGAGAUUGAAAUAUUGAACGGUAGAAAAAUUGCUCAUGUGGCUUGCGGGUGGGAUUUCAGUGCCGCAUUAUCUGAUAACGGCAGGUUGUUUGUGUGGGGCGACAAUUCUUACACUCAACUAGGACUCUCUAAGAGUAUCACCUGUACUGGGAUUCCGUCAAUGUUACAAGUCUCCCAAAAACUGGCAACCGGCUUUAGUCAUAUUAGUUGUGGUUUACGUCACAGUGCUAUGAUUACUAAAGAUCAAUGUCUAUUAGUUGCCGGAAGUGGAUUGAAGGGACAACUUGGGUUAGGUGAUAACAUUAGUGACGACAAUUAUUUAAGUAUAUCGAAAGUUCCUGAUUUGAAAGAUGUAGAAUCUGUUGCCUGUGGACAAAAUCAUACCAUAGUGUUAACAGCCAAUGGCACAUUGUUGUCAUGGGGCGAAAAUAAGUUUGGUCAAUUAGCAAUUGAUCCGGAAACAAAAAAUUCUUUUGUACCAUCCGAAGUUUUAACAAAUGAGUCUUUUGAGAAGGUCUUUUCCGGAUGGACUCACUCUGCCGCUUUAACAAAAACCGGCGAAAUUUUUGUUUGGGGGAGAAAUAAUUACGGACAGUUGGGUUUCCAAAAGACUGUUGCACACAAGCCGGAAAAAAUACCAAACUUCAAAGAUGUAAAGCAAUUGAGUUUAGGUUCUGAGCAUUCUUUAGCUGUUACUAAAGAUGGAAAGUUGUUCAGUUGGGGAUGGAACGAACAUGGAAGCUGUGGUACAGGUGAUACUAACAAUGUGAUGAAACCCACCCAAGUGCUGGUUAAUCGCAAAGUCAAAUUGGCUUUUGCUUGUACUGGUCAAUCUUUCGCCGUAGUAGAAUAGCUGCAAUUCAUUUUUUUCUUGUCUUUAUAUUAAUUUUUUUUUGAUGAAAAAUUCAUUUGAUACUAUAAUUAAGUGUAUAAGUAUUUUUUUAAUUCUUAAUUUAGUAACUGUAUUUUUAUAAUAAAAAAAAUA